AUGUCUGAUGGGCGGACAAAUCAAAAACAACAACUAAUAAUGAAUUUUUUGGUGUAUUGUCCAAGGGGUGCCAUGUUCUUGAAAUCUAUUGACACUUCAGACCUUACAAAGGAUGCUAAAACUUUGUUCAAUAUAUUUGAUUCUGUUGUUCAAGAAAUUGGUAUGGAAUAUAUUGUGCAAUUGAUUACAGAUAAUGCUUCUGCCUAUAAAAAAGCUGGAAAAAAAUUACAGCAGAAGUAUGGUACUUUAUUUUGGUCUCCUUGUGCAGCUCAUUGCAUAGACUUGUUGUUGGAGAAUAUUGCUUAUCCUAAGUGGUUCCCUCUUGUUGAUGAAGCAAUUAAGAAGGCAAAAAAGAUAAUAAAGUUCAUUUACAACCAUGGAGUUGUUUUAGAUUUGAUGAGGCAAGAUUUUACAAAUGGAAGAGAGUUAUGUCGUCCUGCAAUUUCAAGGUUUGCCACUAACUUCUUAAAUCUACAGAGCAUGCUAAGGUUCAAAAAAGAGCUUAGACAAAUGUUCACUUGUGAUAAAUGGCUUUCAUGCCCCCAUGCUAAGACUGCCGUUGGGAAGGAGAUAAGUAAAAUUGUUUUGGAAGAUUAUUCGUUUUGGUCUCAAUGCAAGAACAUAGUGAAAGUUAGUGAGCCUUUAGUUAGAGUACUUCGUCUUGUUGAUGGGGAUGAGAAACCUGCUAUGGGGUACUUGUAUGAAGCAAUGGACAAAGCAAAAGAGGGAAUAAAAAGAAGGUUGAAGAACAAAGUUUCUUUCUAUGGACAUUAUAAUAGAGUUAUUGAUGCUAGAUAG